AUGGUGUCUACUGUACUGAAAUCCCAUUUUGUUAAACAAACGUCUUUCAGCGUAGAAUAUGCGCCAGCUCAUAUUACUAAAUGGAGAUCAGAAAGAACAGGAUUACAGGUCACUUAUAUUGAUCAGCCUUCACCAGUGGUAAAUGGCUAUUUUGCCGUCGCUACAGAGAUCCCGGACAACUCAGGGUGUCCUCAUACUUUGGAACAUUUGAUUUUUAUGGGUUCCAAGAAAUUCCCAUACAAAGGUUUGUUAGAUAACCUUGGUAAUAGAUUUUUCUCUUCUACUAAUGCUUGGACAUCAGUGGACCAAACGGUAUAUACAUUAACUACUGCAGGCUGGGAAGGGUUUAAAACGUUGCUUCCUAUCUAUUUGGAUCAUUUGUUUAACCCUACCUUAACAGAUGAAGCCUGCUUAACCGAGGUGUAUCAUAUUGACGGAAGCGGUAAAGAAAAAGGUGUUGUUUUCAGUGAGAUGCAAGGAAUUGAAAGUCAAUCGUGGUUUAUCUCAUUCUUAAAAAUGCAACAGACCUUAUAUGCUAAAGACUCGGGAUACUCAUCGGAAACAGGUGGGUUGAUGUCUGAGUUACGCCAUCUUACGAAUGAUCAAAUCAAAGAAUUUCAUAAAUCGAUGUAUAGGCCGGAUAACUUAUGUGUUGUUAUUACCGGUUCAGUCGAUGAAUCAGAAUUAUUACAUGUAAUGGAGGAUUUUGACAAUGAAUUAUCCCCAUUGCCAUCAGUACCAAAUAAGAGGCCAUUCGUUGACUCAAAGCACGACUUACCCUUGACAGAAUCUAUCAUUAAAGAAGUAGCAUUUCCUGAUAAAGAUGAAUCCAUGGGAGAAUUGUUAAUAGCGUGGAUUGGGCCAACCGCAGACGAAACUGUUGUCAAUGUUGCCUUAGAUAUGGUUGGCUCAUUUUUCACUGAUAGUGCCAUUUCUUUAUUCAACAAGCACUUAGUUGAAAUAGAAAACCCUAUGGCUACCGAAAUUGAUUACAGCACAGAUGACUAUAUUAGAACUGGAUUGAACUUUACUGUUAGCGGAAUCCCUACUGAUAGGUUAUAUGAAGUCGAUCUUAAAAUCAAAGAAUUAAUUCAAACCCAAACUGAUCCAAAAACCUUAGACCUAGAUUACUUGAAGCAAAUCUUGAAUCAACAAAAAUUAAAGUUUGUUUUUGCGACUGAAAAGUCCCCAAGCACUUUUUCAAAUAUUGCAAUUUCAGAAUUCAUUUAUGGUAAGACUGAUGGUUCUGAUUUGAGCAAAUGGAGUAAAGAUUUAAGAGAAUAUGAGAUAUUAGAAGGUUGGACUGCAGACCAAUGGUGUGCAUUAAUUAAGACAUACUUCGUGAAUAACAAGUCGGCUACUAUCUUAGGCAAACCAUCAGCAAGAUUGAACACAUUACAAAAGCGUGAAAAUAAGGAACUUUUGAAAAACAUUAGGGAGAAGUAUGGUAAGGAUGGGUUGAAGCAUUUGGCUGAUAAUUUAGAAAAGGCUCAGGAAAUAAACGAUACACCUAUUCCUGACUCUAUCUUAACCCAAUUUGGUAAACCUGACCCAUCAAAAAUUUCUUUUAUUAAAACUAAUUCGUAUAGAAGUGGCUCCAAUAAUAUUGAAACUGAUUAUAUCAAAGAAAAUUCUUUUGAUGAAUUAUUGAAGAAAGAUUGUCCAGAAAAUUUCCCUAUGUUUUUCCACCUUGAGGACUUUAAAUCUCAAUUCACAACUAUAAACUUGGUUAUGUCUUCGACUAAAGCUGAUCCAGCGUUGUUACGUUACAUGUCAAUUUUGGAGGAAGUAUUCUCAUUUCCAAUUAAAUUACCAUCAGGCGAAUAUAUUCCUUAUGAGGAAGUCAUUUCUAAAAUUAAUGAUGAUUUGAUCGAAUACCAAUUAGAUAAUGGUUUUGACAGUCAAUUUUUAGAAUUAAUCAACGUUAAAGUCAAAUUUGAGACAAAGAAUUAUAACAAAGCAAUUGAAUGGUUAUUAUACGUUUUAAAGUAUUCUGUUAUUGAACAAUCUAGAAUUAAAAUUAUUAUCGAAAAAAUUAUCAACUCUUUGCCAGACAAGAAAAGAAAUGGCGAAUUGAUGAUGUAUUCUUCUCAAUACAGAACAUUAUUUAAUGAUUCUUCAUUAAGGAGGGCUCAAGAUUGUCUUAAUACAGAAGAGUUUUAUAAGGACUUACUUCAGAAGAUUAACGAUGGAAACUUUCAUGAAAUCGAGCAAGAUUUAAACAACCUAAAGAAUCAGCUUUUCAAUUUGAAUAAUUUCAAGAUAUUUGUUGUUGGUAAUUCCAGUUCAUUAUCGACACCGAUUUCUUCAUGGACUGAAUUUGCUAAAGGUUUUAAGGACAACAACAUGUACGCGUUGGAACCUUUUGAAAAGAUGCCUCGCUCAUUCCAAUUCAAAUCUGAUAUUGGUGUCAAAUGUUCUGAAGACGCCUUUAUAGUCACCACUCCGGCUACUGAAUCAACUCAUUUAAUUUCAUCAACACCAAUUCCAACUGAUUACUUGGACAAGGAUAUUUUUAAAAUAGCUUUAGCAAGUGAAUUUUUAACUGCGGUUGAAGGUCCUUUCUGGAGAGGUAUCCGUGGUGUAGGUUUAGCAUACGGCGCUAGUAUUCGUCGUAAUAUUGAAACUGGUUACUUGAACUUUUCGAUUUACAGAGGUGCCGAUGCUGAACAGGCAUGGCUUACCGGUAAAAAGAUUGUUGACGAUUAUAGUAAUGGUACUUUGAAGUUCGAUACUGUUAGUAUUGAGAAUGCAGUUGCAGCGAUUGUGAAUGAGUUAGCAAAUGGUGAAUCCAAUAAUUAUGAUUCCGCCAAUUGCAAAAUAUCUGAUAAUCUUUUCAAGGGAAGAGGACCAAACUACGGUAACCUUUUCUUGAAGGAGUUAAACAAGUUGACUGCAGAUGACUUAGUAUAUACUACAAAGAAAUACUUCCAACCUUUAUUUGAUGCUAAGCGUUCCGUUUUAUUUACUUGUUUACCUCCUGCUAAGGCUGAGAGCUUUCAGAAGUUUUUAGGUGAUCAAGGUUAUAAGACUACAAUCGAAGAAAUUAAUGCUGAUGUUGAACACGACUGUGAAAGUUGUAAUAGUAAUGAAGAAGAAAGUGAAGAAGAAAGUGAAGAAGAAAGUGAAGAAGAGAGUGAUGAUGAUGCUAUGGUGACUGAUAAAUAA